AUGCUCGAGCUGCGUUUGAUGCAUCACUAUACAAAUGUCACCUCCAAGACGCUCCUGACCAACUCGCCUGCCGCCGAGGAUAUCUGGCAGCGUGCCGUCCCACAGAUGGCCUUCUCUGGCAACGGCAAGACGUAUCUCGCCGACGCCAUCUUGUCUGUCGCAGCCCUUCAUCUACGUUCAAUGUCUCCGAAUGACAAAGCAUUGGUGCGCGCUUCACAUGCCUACUCGGCCUCCUCUCUUUCUGCAUUCGGGGCGUCGCUGGGUUCGGGCAUUACGCCUGACAAUGCGGAGGCUCUGUUCCUCACAGCGACGCUCAUUGCUUUCCAAGCAAGUGCCUCGCGCAUCUUUGUCAAGGACGACGGUGAUUCUGCCCCUGGGGAUUCAACGAGCAGAUAUGUGCCGCCGCUCUCCUGGUUCCACGCUUUUCAAGGCGUCAAGACCGUCGUCGCAAACUCGUGGCAAUGGAUCCACCACAGCGACAUCGUCAAAGUUGUCAUUGAUUCACAACCUGGUUUCCAACUGAACCUCAACCCGCGCUCGCCUGACUCAUUCUUCGGUCAUAUGCUAGAAGGGCUGAACGAUGAAUUAAUGAACGAAGAUCCUCGUUUGCUGUCGACUACCACUCAAGCUUACUCACAUGCCGUCAGCGUGCUCAACUGGGCGCAUAAAAACUAUCACGCGGCUGCCGCACUCACCUUCCCUGCUACUGUUUCGAAGCGCUACGUUGAUCUUGUUGAUGCAAGGCGCCCCCGUGCUCUCGCCAUCCUUGCUUGCUUCUUUGCGUUGCUGAAGCGAAUGGAUAACGUAUGGUGGUUGCAAGAUGUGGCUCGUCGAGAAGUCAUGGGCCUAGUCAGCUUAUUCGAGCCCGGAUCUAAGUGGUGGCGGCACCUUGAGUGGCCAAUAAGGAUCGCUUUGUUGGAUGGCAGCUCUAUCCCACAAGACAUCUGGGGCACUGAACUCGAAGAGCAGGCGCCAGAGCAACAAACUGUUGGCUCCAUGACACAGCACAUUGAGAUAUUCGCCGAGAUGUUACACCAGCAUGCGCAGCCUCCUAUUCCCAUCGCAGACGAGGACCUCAUCGUUCCUGACUCACCUGACUGA